AUGCUGAUCGCUAGGGGAGAGUUUGCAGGGUAUGUUCAAGGACCAGCCCAAGAGCAUAAUCGACCAAUUGAGCAAGUCAAAAAAAAUCAAAACCCGAAUCACUAUAACACUCAGCCCGUUCGGAUUAUAAAUGCCAUUCAUGGUCGACCUGAACGAGCCGAAGAGUCCGAAGAAUUAACCCGAACGCGUAUUCGACAAGCACAAAUGAAGAGACGAAUAGGUAGUGUCAACACUCUGUACCAACAAAGCUCAACAACGCCGAUAAGGUUUGAUAAGACAGACCUGUUGCGAGUUCAGAUUCCUCAUGAGGACCCUUUGGUUGUCAGUUUGACAGUGGCUGAGUGUUUAGUACGAAGAGUGCUAAUUGAUCCGGGGAGUAGUGCAAAUAUCAUGCCAAGGGUCACUUUUGAUUGCCUAGAAAUCAAUCCAAAGGAGUUGAAGUCUACUGAAAAUCCACUGUUGGGGUUUGAUGGCAAACGGGUAGAACCUAUUGGCAUAGUGGAGUUGAUGGUCCGUGCAGUUAAAAAGAACCUUGUCGAAAGUUUCGUGGUUGUGGAAAUCCAUCCCUCCUACAAUCUGCUGAUGGGGAGGAGGUGGAUCCAUAGGGUACAAGGAGUCCCGUCGACCCUACAUCAGGUGAUGAGAUGCAUAAGUCCAGACGGUAGCAAGGUGAUAGAUAUCCAUAGAGAUCAGGUCGCAGCAAAGGAGUAUUACUUGGUGACUUUGAAAGCUACAAGGAAGGGAAAAGCUCCUGCCCGAUCUGCUGAUGAGCAAUAA